AGGAAACCGCAACGGCGUUAUAUCCCAAAUUUGAAAAAGAGAGAGAGAGAGAAAACCCACCUCAAAUCUCGUGCUCUCACUUCCAACUCACAAAAAUCGACUCGAUUCGAUUCAACCAAAGCUAAUCUUGGAUCCAUCGAUUUCGUUAUUUCCUUCAAAAUUUAACCAAACCCUAGGCCUCAACGAGAUCAUCACCAACUAGAGCUCCGAGUUUUGCGGAUCGAGAGGUUGAAGGCGAUGGAGUGGACCUCUUCCCUAGAUGAAUACCAAAAGCUCGUCAUCCGCAUGAACACUCCUCGAGUGGUGAUCGACAUGGCGGCGUGCUCGACGGCGACGAUUCGUAAAGUCGACAGCGCUCGAAGCACGGGCCUCCACCUCGAAGCGGUUCGGGUCUUAUCGGAUCUCACCUCUGGAUCCGCAAAAGCCUACAUCUCCUCCGACGGCCGAUGGUUCAUGGACGCCUUCCACGUCACGGCAUCACCUGGCCGCAAGCUCGCCGACGACCGAGUCAUCGCCUACCUCGAGGCAGUCUCUCAACGACUCCGAUCUCGGACUCAGAUCCGAUUCCUUGCCGCUGAUCUCGAGCUCACCGCGCUCGAGCUCACCGGCACCGACCGCCUCGGCCUCUUGUCGCGAGAUCUCGCCGUUCUCGCCGACCUGAGGUGCAGCAUCGUCGAAGCUAGGGUUGGGACCGGACGCCGGCCCGAUCGCCGCCGUUAUUUCCUCAAGGACGUCGAAUCUGGAUCGCAGAUCGAAGGAUUCGAGAAGGAUGACGGUGAUAACUUCGAGCUGAGAAACGUUCUCAACAGAGUGCACGAUCUCAAGGGGAGCGAAGGACCGCCGUGUCUCCGUAUCGCCGUCGGCCACGCCGACCGGACCCACCAGAUAUGAAUGUUCGCUGAAAGAGAUUACGAGAGAAAAUUUGGGGAUGAAUCGAAGAUUUCCGUUCAAAACUGGAUCGAGAGGGGGUACUCUGUCGUCGGCGUUCAGUGCCGAGAUCGAGCCAAGCUCCUGUUCGAUGUCGUUUGCACGCUCACGGACAUGAAGUACGUCGUGUUUCACGGCACGAUCGACACCGAUGCCGAUCGAGCUCAUCUGGAAUUUUACAUAAGGCAUUUAGAUGGGACUCCAAUAAGCUCAGAAGCAGAAAGACAGCGAGUGAUUCAGUGCUUACAAGCCGCAAUCGAACGCAGAUCAUCCGAGGGUGUAAAACUAGAACUAUGCACAGUGGAUCGCCAAGGUUUGCUCGCUGACGUCACCCGAACUUUUCGAGAAAACGGGUUAUCGGUAACGAGAGCAGAGGUCUCAACAAGGGACUCAACGGCGGUCAACACAUUUUACGUGACGGAUUCGGCCGGUCACCCGGUCGAUCGGAAAACAGUCGCGUCGGUCAUCGAGAGGAUCGGACCGGACCGGCUCAAGGUGGUCGAGGACCGGGUUCGGAGGGCAAAAACCCCCCGGGCUGAAGAAGAGGGCGGCGUCAACGUUGGGUUUAAUUACUUGGGCAAUUUGGUGAAGAGGAAUCUUUACAGUUUGGGACUAAUUCGAUCCUGCUCUUAGACCCAAACCGUCGCAUACAAAUCUUAUCAGAACACUUUGUAUGGUUCAGAACAUCCUGUACAUACACGCGGGUCUGUUGUAAUUUGCAUGUAUUGUACAUACGAAUAGUAAAUGGAUAGGGAGAAAGAAUACGUAAGAUUUGUAGUAUGUACAUAUACGGACUUGGUGUUAGUCGUAGGCUAGUAGCACAAGUGUUAAUGUUUGACUUUUGUCUUUGUCAUCAAAAGAUCUUUUGUGAUAUAUUUGGUUAUGUUGAUUUA